AUGAGUUCUAUCAAUCAAAAUCAUCAAUCAGUUGAUCUGAAUCAAUUACAAACAGAUAUUGAUUUACAUGAAAAGCAAAUAUUACAGAAUUCAAAGUUAUCUAUAAAUAAUAAUAAUAUUCAUUCAAAUCAUUAUCUAAACAAACCUGAUCAUAUUUCAAUAACUAAUAAAAGAUUUAAUUGUAAAAAUACAACAAUGUCUGUAUUACAAUCUAUAUUACAUGCUGGUUCAAUUGAUUCUAUUCCAAUGUUAGUAACUCGAUGUAAUGCAUGUUUACUGUGUUUAAAAGAUUUGAUACGACAGGCAUACGAUUUAAUCAUUCCUGGUUCACCAUAUUAUUCAGUAAUCUUGAUGAAGACUCCUCUUUCACCCGCAAUUACAGCACAAAUUCUUGAAAGUUUGAAACUGCCAGAUCAUCCACUUGUUAAAGUUGCCAAUGAUAGAUGUGCAUCAUGUGCUACACGAUUUAUUCAAUUAAAAAUUGACGCACUUAGUUAUGUUAGAAGAAGCGUUUUAUCAGUUACAACAGGAAAAUUAACCAAAGUAUCACCGACAUUAAUGAGGUUAAAUGGUGAUCGAAUGAAUUUAUUGCCUAACGAAAAUUCUUACCGUCAAUCUUCAGAAUCAGAUAACGUCAAAGCGGAUUGGAUAAGUUUACCAUGCUUGUCUGCGUCUAAAAUGACAGUCUAUGUAUCUAGAGACUCGUCAAUGGAACUGAAUUCAACACAUUACCAAUAA